CCGGGUAUUUAUAAGUACGGAUGUGAAUCCGGGUGCAACAUGACCUCAGUCUGAACAGUAAACAAAUUGCAUUCUUUUUUAUGUAUAUAGAUUACGGACAGUUUAGUACGAAAUACUUUUAGUACGACCUUUAAGACGUUUAUUCGUGAGAGGUAGUUUUGUUUUAUUUGGAAUAAUAAUCAUGGCGGGUUUGUUUUCGUGCUGUUUCGACUGCUGCGAGCGUGGAAGCUCCGGCCACGUCGCGCUGAAAGAGAUGCCCACGGUGCAGCUGGACACUAAUCACAUGGGUACUGAUGUCGUUAUAGUAAAAAGUGGAAGAAGAAUAUGUGGCACAGGGGCCUGCCUUGCCACCGCUCCUCUUCAUCAAAACAAGAGCUACUUUGAGUUCAAGAUUCAGUCUACAGGUGUUUGGGGUGUAGGCGUGGCUACAAAGAAAGCUAAUCUUAACCAGGUCCCAAUGGGCAGAGACGCACAUAGCCUGGUGCUUCGACAAGAUGGUACUGUGUACCAUAAUAAUGAGGAGAAGAACCGUUUGCCGGCUAACAGCCUGCCACAGGAAGGAGAUGUAGUGGGCGUUUCGUACGACCACGUAGAGAUGAAUUUAUACCUGAACGGGAAGAACAUGAACUGUCCAGCAUCAGGCAUUCGAGGAACAGUGUUCCCAGUAGUAUAUGUGGAUGACAGUGCAAUUUUGGAUUGCCAGUUCAGUGAUUUCUACCAUUCCCCUCCUCAAGGCUACCAAAAGAUUCUCUUUGAGCAGCAGAUCUUCUGAUCCUCAGGCGACUCUGAGCAGCAAGCUUUCCAGAUAAAAUUUGUUGUCUUUUCCCACCACUACAUCUCUGGAGGAACAGUAUGCUCGUGGUUAUGUGGCUGGCACUUUACUUUGCCAGUUCAAAAGUGCAACUGACCAGUGUUAUAUCUUCAGUAAUUUCUUUGAUGAUUUAGAAUUGUUUCAUAUUGGCAGUCAGAACACUUCAGCUUUGCCCAGAUUUUUGCAUUCGGAGGUCUCUAAUUAGUGUAUCUGCACAGAAUCCUCCAAAUUCUUCACACUUUGUUUUGGAUUAUAAAGUAAAUGCUGUUUAAAAAAAUUAUUUAAACAGUGCUAAUCUGAUCUUAAUAUAAAUUAUUCCAUUAAACAAGGUUGUGAAUCAGAAUCAACUGACAAGACACAUUACAACUGACCUGAAGUAAAAUGUGAAUGGUUUUUUUUUUUUUUUUUUUUUUUUUUCCCCCCAAUAUGAGGAAAAUUUCCAAAUUUGGAAUCGUAUUUCGUGCCUAUUUAUAAACUAUUGAAAAUCAAUGUACUGCAUUAGUACAAAACAAGCCAUGUCUUAAUUUAAGAUUUUUUUUUCUCCAACAGUACAUAUGUGCAAAACAUACGGUUUCACCAAAUAUGUAAAUCAGUUAAUUCACUACAUGCUGUCUAACAUUUGUAACUUUUUAUGUCUCCAUAAACGUGCUUGUUCAAUGCAAAUGACCAUGUAAUAAACAAAUUCACACUGUAAAAGGUGCAGGAAAAAAGCUGUGCUUAUCUAUUAUAUGGUUUGCUCUAUUUUUGUUUUAAGUUAUUAUAAAGAUCCCAUUUAAAGGUAUUGUGUGCACUGAUAUAUCAGGUGUUGUGUGUGUGUGAUGAAUGUUAGGACAGUAAUAAAAAUAUUAUUUGCUA